AUACACGCGGGACCCUCUUUGGUUGUUAGAAUAUUGUUGCUUCGAGGAUUGGAACGAGUCCGGCCGACAGGUCGCUCGCCGUGGAUGAUGCGGUCGGGGAUUCAGAAACCCGGAGCCAUUCCGUUUCUUGCGCUCCUGAUCUUUUCGCUGUUUACUUUGGUGCCGUCGCUGGCCAAGGAAUGGGACUUGUCCAAUUUGCAUUUGGGGUAUAUUGGCUAUCGCAGUGAGGUUCGACAGGUUUCCCGGGUCAAAGAUAGCUGGACCGAUGUUCGAUCACGAUUUCGGGUUACUGGGGGACAGUGGAAGCCGUGGCUGCUAGAUGGGUACUCCGAGCCAUAUUAUGAUCGCAAAGCUCGCCCACGACGUUGCGCGGUGGAUGCGCCGGCUCGGAGUGCCUUUGAGGCUGCGGCCGUCUUUGAUACCGAUCCUCUAGCCUAUGCGGCCCGAGAAUCGUCCGCUUUUACUCGAGGGGUGCGCGCGUUCAAAGCAAUGGUGGUCAGGCAGCCUGAUCCUGGAUUGCUUCCCUCUUUACCGGACGAAGGCGACUCCGAAAAAGUACCUACGCUGCUUACGUCGCGUAUCAAUUCCUCCGUUAUCCCUAUACCAUCCGACAACGGACUUUUGGUCUCGUAUAGUGAGACGAUACCGACUACCAGCAGCGUGGUCGAGCUGUCUCGGUGGUUGCUGAAUGUAUCCCGAGCGUCGUGGCAGCAGGUCUGCCGCGCCGGGAGCGAAUAUUUCGAGAACAUGACUGCUUGGCAGGGGCUUGGUGCUCCGCCACACUCCGGCCUCUCGAGCAACAGCUCGUCCGGUGCGGUUCAGCCCCGAGAGCCAAUGGCUAUGCCAAAAGCGAUGGUGAAAGGCAGCGACAUCCACGCAAACCAUUCUGCGCCAAUCGCUACAUCGACACCGAACAGCACCGCGAUGGCUGCCGGACAGUCCAAGGUCGCUGGACUCCAACAGGAAUCGGAGCAAAUGCGCCGGGGGAGCUGCAUGGCCAUUGUGAUCGGUCUGGUGGUGGGUGUCAUGUGGUUCUAAGCUGAUCCGCAGAU